GGGGUCACGUGACGUCGGGGCGCGGCGCAGCUCACGUGACGGGCGCUGCCGGCCGCGGGGUCUCCUUCGUGCCGGCGUCGCGGUGGCGCGGCCUCUCGCGUCCGGGAACGCCGCCGUCCCUCACGCCCGCCCUCGGCGCCCGCGCCCCGCCGCCCCCGCGGCCCAACCGCCUCCCGCGCCCCGGCCCCGGCCCCGGCCGCCCCGCGCCAUGGCGGCCUCCGGCUGCGCCCGGCGGCCCCUGCUGCUGCUGCUCGGCCUCCUGCAUUGUGCGUCAUCAGUAGUGUUUGUGGUGAAAAACAGCAACGACACCGCGUGCAUAAUGGCUAACUUCUCUGCUGCCUUCUCAGUGAACUACGACUCCAAGAGCGGCCCUAAGAAUGUGACCUUUGACCUGCCAUCAGAUGCAGCAAUGCUCAACAGCAGCUCCUGUGGAAAAGAGAACACUUCUGACCCCAGUCUCGUGAUUGGUUUUGGAAAGGAACACAUGCUAACCCUCAAGUUCACGAGAAAUGCAACACGUUACAGUGUCCAGCUGAUGAGUUUUGUUUAUAACUUGUCAGACACACACCUUUUCCCCAAUGCAAGCUCCAAUGAAACCAAGACUGUGGAAUCUAUAACGGACAUCAGGGCAGAUAUAGAUAAAAAAUACAGAUGUGUUAGUGGUACCCAGGUCCACAUGAGCAACGUGACCGUCACGCUCCGAGAUGCCACCAUCCAGGCGUACCUUUCCAACAGCAGCUUCAGCAGGGGAGAGACCCGCUGUGACCAAGACGGGCCUUCCCCGACCACAGCGCCGCCCGCACCACCCAGCCCCUCACCCUCACCCGUGCCCGAGAGCCCCUCUGUGGACAAGUACAGCGUGAACGGCACCAACGGGACCUGCCUGCUGGCCAGCAUGGGGCUGCAGCUGAACCUCACCUACGAAAGGAAGGACAACACGACGGUGACAAAGCUUCUCAACAUCAACCCCAACAAGACCACGGCCAACGGGAGCUGCGGCGCCCACCUGGUGACCCUGGAGCUGCGCAGCGAGGGUGCCACAGUCCUGCUGUUCCAGUUCGGGAUGAAUGCAAGUUCUAGCCGGUUUUUCCUACAAGGAAUCCAGUUGAGUACAAUUCUUCCUGACGCCAAAGACCCCACCUUUAAAGCUGCCAACAACUCCCUGAGAGCGCUGCAGGCCACAGUGGGCAAUUCCUACAAAUGCAACGCCGAGGAGCACGUCCAGGUCACGGAGGCGUUUUCCGUCAACAUAUUCAAAGUCUGGGUCCAGGCUUUCAAGGUGGAAGGUGGCCAGUUUGGCUCUGUGGAGGAGUGCCUGCUGGACGAGAACAACAUGCUGAUCCCCAUCGCUGUGGGCGGCGCCUUGGCGGGGCUGGUCCUCAUCGUCCUCAUCGCCUACCUCGUUGGCAGGAAGAGGAGUCACGCCGGCUACCAGACCAUCUAGCCCGGCGCAGGCACAGUGGCCACGGGCCUCGUCCUUGCCCUGGCUCAGGGUCCUGUCGAGGGAGGCACACCUUCUGGCACCGUUUCUCAAAUCUGCUUCAUUCAGUGUGGAGUUCAUCUUGCAGCAUUUACUAUGCACAACAGAGUAACUAU